GUGCGUAUGAGGUCCAAGUCGGAAAGCCGAAGCCGCUGCGCUUCAGCCCUCACAAAUUUGUAAUCCCUUGUGCAGUUUGCACUCCUCCGAGUCCGAGUCCAAGACCAAGCCUCCAAGGAAUAAGAAUAGUCCAGUCCUCUAGAGGCUAGUCUAGUCUCCUACCAUCCAUCCAUUACUUCCAUUUUCAGUGAGAGGAGAAGGGAGAGGUUGAAAACUCUGGGAAGUGGGAAGUGGGAAGUGAAAGGUGAGAGCAGAGAAAAAUCUACUCCAAAGAUUAAAAAUAAUAAUAUAAUUAAAAAAACAGGGAAAUUGAAAAACAGAAGACUCUUAUUUGACGAUGAAGACUUUAGUGUUGGUGGCACCUUCCUCCCUACGCUACUGCUCGUUUUCUCCUCCUUCUCAUAUUAAUAAUGGCUUCCAAAUGUUACCUCCUUUCCUUUGCUUUCGACACUCAAGACUCUUCUCGCUUUCCUCUCGCCGUCGUCCUCUCGCAAUGGCCUCUGCAACACCUUCCACUCAGGGAGUUUCUUCUGGUGACGUUGACAGCGAAGCCAGCGUUUUCCAACUGAUCCAAGCUCAUCAGGAAAAGGCUGCUCGGCUUCCCCCUGUUGAAGAAGUAAAAACUCUUCUGGAUCGCAGUGUCAGGGGUAUGUUGUCUACUUUCUCACAGAAGUAUGAUGGCUACCCAUCAGGUUCAAUGGUUGACUUUGCAUGUGACCACAAUGGAUCUCCAAUAUUAGCAGUCAGCAGCCUUGCAGUUCAUACAAAGGACUUGUCGGCUAAUCCCAAGUGCUCUCUUCUUGUAGCAAGAGAUCCUGAGGAUAGGACUGAUUUAGUAGUCACCUUACAUGGUGAUGCAGUUUCUGUUUCUGAAGAAGAUAGGGUUGCUGUGCGUGCAGCAUACCUGAAAAGACAUCCAAAUGCAUUCUGGGUUGACUUUGGUGACUUCCAAUUUGUGCGUAUUGAACCAAAAGUUGUGCAGUAUGUAUCUGGAGUUGCGACUGCUAUAUUGGGAUCAGGAGAAUUUGACAAGGAGGAAUAUAAAACUGCAAAAGUUGAUUUCAUAUCUCAGUUCUCCAAUCCUGUCACGUCUCACAUGAAUAGAGAUCAUGCAGAAGAUACAAAGGCAAUUGUGCAACACUCUACUUCAAUUCAGAAUUUUCAGUAGAUGAUCUGAUUAGAAAUUGGAAGGAAAUUGCAAAUUCAGCCUCAGUCAGGAAGGUCUCAAGCUCCUACUGGAACCCCCCCACCUCUUGGCUUUACCAAACUGAAUUUUAAUGGCAGCAGCGUCGGUAAUCCAGGGCCUUCUGGAAUUGGGGGAGUCAUGAGGGAUGAAAAAGGGAAUGUGAUAGCCAUGUUUUCUGGUCCAAUUGGAGUGGGAGACUCUUUGAGGGCUGAGAUUUUAGCAGCUCUGGAAGGGGUUCAAGGGGCUAAAGAUCUGCACUUAAACAAGCCGAUCAUAGGAGAUUUUGAGACUGUAGUGAGCUGGUUAAAAGAAGACAACUCAAGACUUUGGAGCUACAGAAAUGAAAAGAGGAAAUUUAACUGGCUGACCAAGGAUAUGGAAGUUCGAUGCACAUGGGUAAAGAGAAGUGCAAAUUCUUUUGAAGAUGGCUUAGCUAGGCAAGGGGUGAAUAGGAGUUCUGUUUUUUGGGCUCAGUUGUAAUUGCUCUUGUAUUUUGGGUGUUUAGUGACAGUUGUGGGGAGUUAAGAUAUUUUAGCUCCCCUUCUAUGUAUUAUCUUUCUUUAAUCAUUUAAUGAAAUCUCUAUUAUUGAUUAAAAAAAAAGAAAUCAUUGCAGUAACUAAGUUUCACGAAAAUGAGGGGAUAUCGUAGAUACUAUACAUACUUUCCAUCUCCUUUCUUUUUACAAGGAUGAUAUACAAACUGUCAUAUUUAUUAACUGGACCGAAGAAAUUUGUUCUUAAAGGAAAUGUAAAUGAAAGUAUGAAAUUAUUUG